AGUGUUGUCGGAGAUAUCGGCGCAUGCGCACGGAUUUAACAAUGUUCUGCUUACGUUUGCUUUUAAUUGGAGUUCUUCUCGAGCUUGCGGUUGCUGAAGGACUUAAUCCAACAGUGAGGGUACAUCAUGGUAUCAUCCAGGGAAAAUGGAAGCUAUCAACAAAAGGGCGGGAGUAUGCCAGCUUUGAAGGCAUCCCAUACGCCAGGCCGCCGAUUGGAAAAUAUAGAUUCAGGGAACCACAGCAGAUGAAACCAUGGAGUGGAACUUGGGAUGCAACCAGAGUACUGCCAGAUUGUCUUCAGUAUGAACCGUUCGCACAGAAGAUUGUUGGUGAUGAGGACUGUCUCUACCUGAACGUGCACUCUCCGAGGGUCCAGAUCGGUGCUAAUCUUCCGGUGCUGGUAUUCAUCCACGGUGGAGCCUUCAUGUACGGUGCUGGAUCACUGUACAAGGCAGAUCACUUCAUGGAUCGCGAUAUGGUCGUUGUGACUUUGAACUACCGUUUGGGUCCUUUGGGCUUUCUGAGUACCGAAGAUGAAGCAUCUCCAGGAAACUACGGUUUGAAAGACCAGUCUUUCGCGCUGCAGUGGGUAAAGCAGAACAUAAAAAUGUUCGGAGGCGACCCUGACAGCGUAACACUUACAGGAUGUUCCGCGGGUGGCGCUAGUGUGCACUAUCACUAUCUGUCGCCAAUGUCUAAAGAUAAGUUCAACCGUGGUAUAGCGUUCAGUGGUGCGGCGUUUGCGUCGUGGACUUAUUCUGUCAAGACAGCCCAGAAGGCUAAGGCAUUGGCAGCUAUUGUUGGCUGUCCAACUACAGACAGCAGGGAAAUGGUGGAGUGUCUCAAAUACAGGCCUGGACAGACGAUUGUUAAUGCUCAGAUUGAAAUGUUUGAUUGGAAGGUCCAUAUGUUUACACUAUUCACGCCGACGGCGGAACCCAGGUCAACCAAGAAUGCAUUCCUGACGCAGUAUCCGUGGGACCUGGCGACUUCUGGAGCCAUGCACGAUGUUCCCCUCAUCACCACUGUUACUUCCGAGGAAGGACUUUACCCGGCAUCUGUAUACCAACAAGAUACCAGCAUGCUAGACGAGUUGGAGAGUCGCUGGGAUCAUUUCGCCAGCAACAUCUUCGAGUAUAACGAUACUCUGCCCAUCAGUCUCCGCACCAGCGUUGCUGCAAAGAUCAAACAGCAGUAUCUUGGCGGGAAGCCUGUCGGGCCUGACACAUUCCCGCAAUUAGUUCAGGCCCUCGGUGACCGUUUGUUCUCGACGCAUGUUGGAAAGCUGGCUCAGAUACACGCUGCGAAGGCGAAGCAACCGACCUAUAUGUACCGCUACGCUUACCGCAGCCAGUGGAGUCUUUCUCAUCUCAUGUCAGGAAAAGAAGAUAACUUUGGUGUCAGCCAUGGAGAUGACGUAUUUAUGCUGUUCAACUUUGCCACCAACACAACCUCUUCGGGUCCUGGUGAUGACAAGAUGCGCGAGGUUCUUCUGGACUUGGUGUACAGUUAUGCUUCCACCGGAACACCAAAAGUACCGAACACAAAAUGGCUGCAAGUUAAUCCGGAUUCCCCAGAUCUCGACUAUCUGGAAAUUGAUGGGCCAAAUAAGAUAGAAAUGCGGUCAAGUGACGAUUUUGGCUACAAAAGAUUCUGGGACAGUCUUGGGUUCAUCGAAAACGAGAACUAUCAUGCUAAUGUAAAGGAUGAACUUUAAAUUGCUGUCAUUGCUUAUUUUACAAUAGGUACUUUUAUUUUAUAUAAAGCCUCUUAUGAGUAGGUAGGUAGUUAUUACAUUAUCAUAUUAUUUGUUUUUUUUAGGAGGAGGAAGUUUACUUUGUAUAAUUAUGUAGUAAAUACAUAUAGAAAUUAUUAA